GAGGCCACUCAGAUCCAUUAUGAUAUAGAGCCCUGACAGUGUGGCCCUCUGCCAUCUGGUAGAUUGUCAGGCAAAAGGGUGCUGUGUGUUUGGUUUUGCUCCAGUUCAAUAACCCUGACUCUGCACUGCCUCAGGGGUCGUUUGGGGAUACAGAUUGUUGUGCAUAGUCUCUUUAUUCUCACUCCGCCCACUGCUCAGAUAGACCCAGCACGGAGAAGUUGUUUCCUCAUCCGAAUCGAAGAAGAUCUUGUGUUACUUACAGUGAAAACAUUUGUUAUGACUCGUCGUGUGGCGGUGGUCGGAGGAGGAAGUUCAGGAUUGGCCUGCAUCAAGUGCUGCCUGGAUGAAGGGCUGGAGCCAGUCUGCUUUGAGAGCAGCGAUGACAUUGGUGGUCUGUGGAGGUUUAAGGAGAAUCCAGAGCCAGACAGAGCGAGCAUUUACCACUCUGUCAUCAUCAACACCUCCAAGGAGAUGAUGUGUUUCAGUGACUUUCCCAUCCCUGGUCACUUCCCAAACUACAUGCAUAACUCCCUCAUCAUGGACUACUUCCGGAUGUAUGCUGACCACUUCCAGCUCACCGAGCACAUACGCUUCAAUACCAAAGUCUUGCAGGUGAAGCAGAGAUCAGAUUUUUCUCAUUCAGGCCAGUGGGACGUUGAGAUCGAGAACAAGGACGGCAAAAAGGAGAGACACAUUUUUGAUGCGGUGAUGAUCUGUAUUGGACAUCACUGCCAGCCCAACCUGCCACUGCAUGACUUCCCAGGCAUUGACACCUUCACGGGAAAGUACUUCCACAGCAGAGACUACAAGACUCCUGAGGAGUGGAGGGAUAAAAAGGUUGUAGUGAUUGGGAUAGGAAACUCUGGAGGAGACAUAGCAGUGGAGCUGAGCAGAGUCACCAAGCAGGUCAGGAUGACAUACAGAGAAACCAAAGGAAAAGGGUUGAGCACCACUGCGUUCGUCUCUUGGUCUUAUUUUAAUGAGUGCAGUAUUUAUCAGUUUUUAGUAACACUACUAAUCAAUGUGAACAUAUAUCUCAGGUUGUUCAGCCAACAUCCCACAAUUAAUGAUGAGCUUCCCAACCGCAUCCUGUCUGGAACAGUUCAGGUGAAACCCAACAUCCGCAGGUUUCAGGGGUCCAGUGUGGAGUUUGAUGAUGGAAGUGUCGUGGAAGACGUCGACCUGGUGGUGUUUGCCACAGGUUACAAGUUUUCCUUUCCAUUCCUGGCCUCACAAGUGGUCUCAGUGUCUCAGAACAAAGCAUCUCUGUACAAGUAUGUGUUUCCUCCUGAGAUGGACCGCCCCACUCUGGCUAUCAUUGGUCUCGUGCAGCCACUGGGAGCCAUUAUGCCCAUCUCUGAGAUGCAGGCCAGAUGGGCCACACGUGUCUUUAAAGGCUGCAUCAAGCUUCCCUCGAUGGCGUCCAUGCUAAAAGAUGUCGAGUGUAAGAAGGAGACAAUGGCCAGAAGGUAUGUCACCAGUCAGAGACACACCAUCCAGGUUGACUAUGUCAACUACAUGGAUGAGAUAGCAGAGCUGGUGGGAGUUCGCCCCAACUUCUUGAAGCUGCUGCUGACUGAUCCCAGGCUGGGACUGAAUGUGAUGCUCGGUCCCGGUACUCCGUACCAGUAUCGUCUCAAAGGGCCAGGAAAAUGGGCUGAAGCCCGCCAGACCAUCCUCACACAGUGGGAGAGAGUGGCUCAGCCCAUGCAGACCAGACCCUGCUGUGAUCCCGAACCCAAGAGAUCAUUUAUGUGGCCUCUGAUCCUGUCUGCUUCUGCUGUGGGCUUGGCUGCCUACGUUAACAGGAGCAACCUUCCAGAUUUCCUGCAGGAUCCCACUAUACUGUUGGAUAAGAUAAAAGCGUACCUGCCUGUAUAGUGAUGUGAAAUUCAUACUCGUUCCUCUCAUCGUCAUGUGUUCUUUUAACACAUUCAUCAUACAUGUUUGCUGUAUCUCCACUAAACUACACCAGCACCGAAAUGCAUUUACUAAAAUAUGCAAGUAGGGAUGGGUCACAAUUUUUGAAUUUUCGAAUAGUUGUUUUAUUUUGAAAAAUCGAUUUUUUAAUGCGACUAUUACUAUUCGCCGUCUUAUUUCUCCCCUUUAUUUGACAUGCAAUUCAGCUCCUAACCGCACGAGGGCAGUCUAGGAUUGCUACAGUGGUGUGAGAUGGGCUACCAGCUAGUUUGAUGCUCUUCUA